CGAAAUCAUAAGGAUGGGAGGAGCGGUCGCCUACGGAGAGAUCGUAGUCUCCGGUGGGAAAUAGGAUUUGUGUGAGGAGCAGUUGUGAACUGCGGCUGCAAAGCAGAGUUUGCGCCCGUGGAAUUAAAAAUUGGCCAACAGCUCAAGGUCGAAAGCACCAGGUAUCCAUAAGAGGCCGGAUUUUGAUAAUCUAACUCCCUAAACCACCAAUAAAAUAGCUGAAUUUAACAGCGUAAUAGUCGUAAUACUGAUGAUUGAAAGACAGAACGAUUUUCCAAUUAAAGUGAAUCAAGGUUAGAUGGGCGGAGCGUUCUGUAGCGAUAGACACACUUUUAGACCAAUGAUCAGGUCAAUUCCAGCAAGCAGGCGAGAUCUUUAGCUGAGCGACAGAUCAAAAGAACCAGUGAUCGACGUGAUAUUUGAGCGGCGCCCAAUUGGGAGGGCGGACUCGCCUGGAGAAGCGCUGGGAGGCGGGACGAGGGGAAGUGGGCGGAUCUCCGCACACCCCGGCGGAAGAGGCAGAUUCAGGAAGCCAUUACGCAGCUGGCUGGCAGCGCCUGGGCCGGUCGGGAAUGGGCCCUACGCACUUUGCGUAGCUAGGGGGGUUACCGAAGGUCCGGUGCUUGGCCUCCGGCAAGCCCGGCUUAUCCCCUGUAGGGGGGGUGGGUGAGGGGUGAGGCUGAGGAAGAAGAGAAGGGGAAUUGGGGCGGUUGAGGGGAUUAUAAUUUCUUUACAAGGAGGGGUCAGGAGAGGCCAUGGCCGUCCCAGCCAAGAAGAGGAAGAUGAACUUCUCUGAGCGAGAGGUAGAGAUCAUCGUGGAGGAGCUGGAACUGAAGAAGCACCUACUGGUGAACCACUUCAACGCCGGGGUCCCUCUAGCUGCCAAGAGCGCGGCCUGGCACGGCAUUCUGAGAAGGGUCAACGCUGUGGCCACCUGCCGCAGGGAGCUGCCUGAAGUCAAGAAGAAGUGGUCUGACCUCAAGACAGAGGUCCGCCGAAAGGUUGCCCAGGUCCGGGCGGCCGUGGAGGGUGGCGAGGCCCCAGGGUCCACUGAGGAGGACGGAGCUGGUGGGCCUGGGACAGGUGGUGGCAGUGGUGGCGGUGGCCCAGCUGUAGCCCCUGUACUGCUCACCCCCAUGCAACAGCGCAUCUGCAACCUGCUGGGCGAGGCCACCAUCAUCAGCCUGCCCAGUACCACAGAGAUCCAUCCUGUGGCCCUCGGACCCACGGCCACUGCAGCCGCAGCCACGGUCACCCUGACACAGAUCCCCACAGAGACCACCUAUCACACGCUGGAGGAGGGGGUGGUAGAGUACUGUACGGCGGAGGCGCCCCCGCCCCUGCCGGCCGAGGCCCCCGUGGAGAUGAUGGCCCAGCACGCUGACACCUCCGUCAAGCCACAGGCACUCAAGAGCCGCAUCGCCCUCAACUCGGCCAAGCUGAUCCAGGAGCAGCGGGUCACCAACCUGCAUGUGAAGGAGAUCGCCCAGCACCUGGAGCAGCAGAACGACCUGCUGCAGAUGAUCCGCCGCUCCCAGGAAGUGCAGGCCUGCGCCCAGGAGCGCCAGGCUCAGGCCAUGGAGGGCACCCAGGCGGCCCUGAGCGUCCUCAUCCAGGUCCUCCGGCCCAUGAUCAAAGAUUUCCGCCGCUACCUGCAGAGCAACACGCCCAGCCCCGCCCCUGCCUCUGACCCUGGACAGGUGGCCCAGAAUGGGCAGCCGGACAGCAUCAUCCAGUGAGGGCAGGGGUCAGGCCAGCCUUCUCCUGUGAUUGGAUGACACCGCAGUGGUCUUGUAAGUGGGUUCUGUGAUUGGCCUUAGGCUAGGGCCACCCAUGUGGACAGCUCCCUCUUUGGUAGACAUUUAGGGAUCCACUGUUUCUGAGAAGUGAAGAAGACUGGGAAGAGCUUGUGGAGCUCCUGGGACCCCACUCUCUUACCCCCACCGCUUGAGCUGCCUUGCUAAGAACCCGAAGAUUGGUUGGGUGGAGGGUCAGGUGCUCGUGAUGGGAUAUGUGGUGUCAUGAGCCAGGGCUUGUGACGUGACCCAGGCUCGGUCUAGAACAACUGUAAGGAAGGCUCUCACUGGGGUCGUGU